AUGGCUUUUCAAAGCCUCCUGGACCAAGUGGGAGUUCUGGGGAGAUUUCAGAUCCUUCAGAUGGUUUUUCUUUGUCUCUCCAGCCUCAUAACAUACCCUCAUCUUAUCCUCGAGAACUUCACUGCGGCCGUCCCUGAUCACCGCUGUCGUGUCCAGCUCCUUGACAAUGCUACUCUUUCUGCUAAUGACAUUGAAGUCCUCAGCCAAGAUGACCUCCUCAAAAUCUCCAUCCCACAGGAUUCCAACCUGAUGCCAGAGAAGUGCCGACGUUUUGUCCACCCCCAGUGGCAGCUCCUUCACCCCAGUGGGAGAUUCUCCAACACGACGGAGCCAGACACAGAGCCUUGCGUGGACGGCUGGGUGUAUGACCAAAAAAUCUUUCCUUCCACCACUGUUACUAAGUGGGACCUGGUCUGUGAAUCUCAGUCAUUAAAAUCAGUGAGCAAUUUCCUCUUUAUGACUGGAAUGUUAAUAGGGGGUAUCAUAUUUGGCAAUUUAUCAGACAGGUUCGGGCGGAGGUUGGUGUAUAGAUUCUGUGUGCUCCUGCUGGCCAUUGUUGAAACCAGUGCGGCCUUUGUCCCCACCUUUCUCCUUUACUGCACUCUACGCUUCUUGGCUGGGGUUUUCACUUCCAACAUACUGACAAAUUCUACUAUGCUUAUUUUAGAAUGGAUGGUACCCCGAUUCCAAGCCUUGGGACUAGCAAUGUUAACCUGUGCCUGUUGCCUCGGCUGCAUGAUUCUGGGAGGAAUGGCUUUUGCCAUUCGAGACUGGUUCAUCCUUCAGCUGGUGUUUUCAGUACCGUUAUUUGUCAUCUUUCUUUCCUCGAGAUGGCUGGCAGAAUCAGCUCGGUGGCUGAUUAUCAACAACAAACUGAAGGAAGGCCUCAAGGAACUUAGAAGAGUCGCACACACAAAUGGAAUAAAGAAUGCCGGAGACAUCCUAACCAUGGAGGUUGUGAGGACCAGCAUGCAGGAGGAUAUAGAGGCAGUGAAGAUGAAGGCCUCGGUGUCCCAACUCUUCCGCACGCCCAACAUGUGUAAGAGGAUCUGUUUCCUGUGCUUUAUAAGAUUGGCAGUCUUAAUUCCCUUUUAUGGCCUGGCCCUGCACAUCCAGUACAUGGGGAACAAUAUUUUCCUGUCCCAGAUUCUUUUUGGUGGAAUCACCUUGCUAGGAAAUUUGGUUGGACUGUUUGUACUGAAUCAUAUGGGCCGUCGAUUAAGCCAGAUACUUUUGUUGUCCUUUGUUGGAAUCUUCAUUAUAACCACCACAUUCCUGCCUGAAGAAAUGCAUAUCCUACGUCAGACUUUCCUGACUCUGGGAACAGGAUUGGUUUGUGCGGGUAUCAUGUGUGUUCUUGCCCAUGGAAAUGAACUAGUGCCAACUGUUGUCAGGGCAACUUCUUCAGGGAUCUUGGGAAUUGCUGGCAGCAUUGGGGGAGUCCUGUCCUCUCUCUUGAUGUUCCUGAGGGUGUAUUUUCACCACUUGCCCUGGAUCCUGUAUGGGGUCUUCCCCAUCCUCAGUGCACUUGUUGUCUCCUUGCUUCCUGAAACCAGGAAUCAACCUCUGCCGGAAUCCAUCCAGGCUGUGGAAAAUCAGAGUAAAGGCUCAAGAGAAGCAAAGCAGGAAGAUACUGUUACCGCCAUCAAAGUGACAUCAUUUUAAGGAAUUCUGUGAGCUGUUUAUCAAGGAAUAAGAUAAAAGAAUCCAGAAUCCCUCAUAGUCUUCCAAGACCUCCAAGAGUGAUUCCUGAGUGCAGAGCCAGAUGUAACCCCUGAGCGCCAACAGGUGUGCUCC